CUUUCUUCGGCAAUGAGCUCUCUUGAUGAUCCGGCAGUCCAGAAGGGCUCCAUUGUCCUCGUCACUGGCGUCAACGGCUUCUUGGGCUCACACAUUGCCGACCAGUUUCUUGAGUAUGGCUACAAAGUCCGCGGCACUGUACGGGAUGCCGAGAGGAACUCUUGGCUUGUGAAGUUCUUCGAGAAGAAGUAUGGAGAAGGAACCUUUGAGCUUUUCGAGGUUUCUGACAUGAUCGCUGAAAGGGCAUUUGACGAAGCCGUGAAGGGGGUCUCAAUUUUUGUCCACACAACAUCUGUUGUAUCUUUUGACUCGAACCCUCGCAAUGUCAUCCCCCCCGCAAUUACCGGAGCUGUGAAUGCUCUGAGGGCGGCAUACAGUGAGGCAAGCGUCAAACGAUUUGUGUUCACAUCUUCAUCUACGGCUGCGAUAUCUGCCACUCCUAACAAGCCCGGUGUUGUCGUGACCGAGGACACUUGGAAUAUGGAUGCUAUCAAGGAGGCUUGGGCAGAACCUCCUUAUGGCCCGGAGCGUGUGUGGGCGGUUUAUGCCGCGAGCAAAGCCCAAGCUGAGCAGGAGGUUUGGCGAUUUCAUCAGACACAUCGCGAUCAGCGUCCUGAUAUCGUUGUCAACUCUGUCCUUCCCGCUUUCAAUUUUGGAAAGGUCCUUGACCCAGUUAACCAAGGUCUUCCGAGUAGCUCUGGCUUGCCUUGUGCGCUAUGGAAAGGAGAGGUCACAUCGAUGCAUGAGAUGAUUGUGAGAGGCGCGUACAGUAUCGUCCCCUAA